UUGGGGUGUCUGCGGGUUCCCAGCGGUUGGGGCGAACGGAUUCCCACAUCAAACCUUGGGGUGUCUGCGGGUUCCCAGCGGUUGGGGCGAACGGAUUCCCAGGAGGAGGAGGUCGCAGCUGAAGGCCAUCUCCGCCAGAUGGCGGCGCGGGCAGAGCGGCUGCGUGCAGUUGUCUGCAGCACUGGACCCCGGGGAGGACCUGGGCGAGGAGCGGAAGAGGCGAAGGGAGGAGGAAGAGGGGGAAAGGAAGAGCAGGGGAGGAGCUUGGGGAGACGCGGGUCCCGACUUCCUAGGGCGGCGGCGGCGGCCGGGAGACCAUGGCUGGCCUGGCCUCCAGCUCUGCGAUCCCCGUGUGGCUGGGCGAGGACGACCUGAGCUGCAUCAUCUGCCACGGGUUGCUGGUCUGGCCCACCACGCUGCCCUGCGGCCACAGCUUCUGCCGCGAUUGCCUGGGGAAGGUGUGGGGCGCGGGAGGGGCUGGGAGCCCCUGGGCCUGCCCCACGUGUCGCGAGGCCUUGGCGCCACGGUCGCGGCUGCGGAAGAACACGCUGCUCGAGGACCUGGUGGACAAGUACAGCCGCGCCGCACGCGAGCUGGAGGACGCGGAACUCGCCCAGAGCCCCGCCCCCGGGCCAGGCCCCGCCCCUGACUCCGCCCCCGACCUCGCGUCCCAGCACCGCCCAGCACAGCCGCGGGUAGCAGUACAGAAGAGCACCACAGAAGUCAUGUGGGAGCUACAGAGGUGGCGCAAGAGCUUUGACAUUGUCAAGAACCUUCAGAACCAGAGAGCCCUUUCAGAAACUGGAAUAGAGAAGGAAUCAAGCAUCCUGGCUCCUUCUUCUGGAGAGGAACUUUCCUUGGCUUCUAUGAAGCGCAUGACAUCCAACACAUCUGAGGGGAAAAUGAGCAAUAUUCUCCGCCACCUGAAAGAAAUUCAGGAAAAAUUACGGGGACACGUCACAUGGAAAGAAGGCCCUGCAGAGCACACACAGGUGGAUCUCCUAGAAUCUCCAUCUUCCUCCUCAUGCCCACUGCCUGUCCAGAGCUGCCCAGCACCUAGGAGGGCCUCUCGAUUUGCUCCAUGGACCAUCAAUCCAACCUUUGACUUGAGGAGCCUGUCCUGCAGUCUGGAGGUAUCCUCGGAUUGCCGGACAGUGACCGUGUCUCGCUGCCCACAGCCCUAUCCCUGGAGUCCAGAGAGGUUUUCAGUCAGCCAGGCCUUAUGUUCCCAAGCCCUCUCUUCUGGGCGGCAGUACUGGGAAGUGGACACUAGGUAUUGCAACCACUGGGCAGUUGGGGUGGCUUCCUGGGGCAUGAGCCGGGACCGGAUGCUGGGAAGGACUACGGACUCUUGGUGUAUAGAAUGGAGGGGAACUGGCCAGUUCUCUGCGUGGACUAUGGUUAAGAAAACUGAACUUGUCUCAGACCGACCAGAGGUGGUGGCCAUCUGGCUGGACCUUGAGGAGGGGAAGCUUGCCUUUUACUCAGUGGCCAGUCAGGAGAGGCUUCUGUAUGAGUGUGAGGUCUCUGCCUCCUCUCCUCUGCACCCUGCCUUCUGGCUGUAUGGCUUAAGUCCUGGGAACUCCCUGACCGUAAAGCAAGUAAAGGAAUAAAGGUCCCUCGGAGGUUAAAGAGUACUUUCCUGGUCUCUCUCCCUGCCUUCAAUCAGGGUGGCAACAUGACUUCAAUCCCACUUUUUUUGUGGUUACACAAAAGUGUGGUACAGGAUUAACCAAGUGGGCUUGAGGUCUUUGAACCCUGAACCUUUCAAAGAAAGGACUGGUGUUGGACUGUCUCCUGGGAGAUGGUUUCUAAGUCCUUGGACUGUCCUGCCUAAUAAGAGUGACUUUGUUUUCCUGGGGACUUUGGGCCUUGCAGUAUCACCUUGACUUCAGCAGGGACUGGAGAUUAAGUCACCCUUGUAGGAAGUAAGGCAGGCGUAUGUGACUGACUCCAAUAAAAACCCUGGACACCAUGCCUUGGUGAAUUUUCCUCAUUGGCAGUACUGCAUGCAGGUUCCCACACAUGAUUGUGGGGACAAUUAAGCCUUGUCCUCAUGAGUGCACUGGGAGAAGAGAAUUGGGAUGUCUUUUGGACCUCUGUGGCUUUUCACUGUACUAAACUAACUGUGAAGCCAGGCGCCAGUGGUUCACGCCUAUAAUCCUAGCUACUCAGGAGACAGAGAUCAAGAGGAUUGCAGUUCAAAGCCAG